CAGCGGCGGCGCCGAGUGCGGAGCCAAGAUGGCGGCCGAGUUGGAGUACGAGUCCGUGCUGUGUGUGAAGCCUGACGUCAGCGUGUACCGGAUUCCACCGCGGGCCUCGAACCGCGGCUACAGGGCAUCUGACUGGAAGUUAGACCAGCCUGACUGGACUGGUCGCCUCCGGAUCACCUCCAAAGGGAAGAUUGCCUACAUCAAACUGGAAGAUAAAGUUUCAGGUGACCAGUGCGGGGCCCUUGUGCUUAAGGAGACCGGUCUGACGUGCUUUGAUAAGUACCUUCGAUUGGGGCUGGCUGGAAAUAUUUACUUAUUGGAACCCUGGCUUCUGGCUGUCUUUGCUCAGAGGAGUCUGUCUCUGCCUGCAGGGGAGCUCUUCGCGCAGGCGCCGAUAGAACAGUACCCGGGCCUUGCUGUGGAGACCGUGGCCGACUCCAGCCGCUACUUCGUAAUCCGGAUCCAGGAUGGCACUGGGCGGAGUGCGUUCAUUGGCAUCGGCUUCUCGGAUCGGGGGGAUGCCUUUGACUUCAAUGUCUCCUUGCAGGAUCACUUCAAGUGGGUGAGACAGGAAUCUGAGAUUUCCAAAGAAUCUCAGGGCCUGGACAGUCGGCCCAAGUUGGAUCUGGGCUUUAAGGAAGGGCAGACCAUCAAACUGAGUAUUGGGAAUAUUACAACCAAGAAAGGAGGGACUUCCAAGCCCAGGCCUGCAGGCACUGGAGGGCUCAGCCUGCUGCCACCCCCACCCGGGAGCAAAGUGACCGUCCCCCCGCCUUCCUCGGUCGCCAUCAGCAAUCAUGUCACCCCGCCCCCCAUUCCAAAGUCCAGCCACGGAGGAGGUGAUGCAGAUAUCCUCUUAGAUUUGGAUUCCCCUGCGCCUGUUCCGACAGCAGCGUCCGCACCGGUCUCUGCAAGCAAUGACUUGUGGGGCGACUUCAGCACUGCGGCCAGCUCUGUGCCAAGCCAGCCACCACAGCCAUCCAACUGGGUCCAGUUUUGAAUAGCGUUGGCAGGACAUUAAGGACAGACUUGAAGCAUCAAAAUGACCUUGAGGGCACCGAUCAACCCGUGAGGGAAGUUAGGAAGCCCUUCCCUCCUAAGAACCGAAUUCCUGGACAAUCUCCCGAGCUUCUCCAUUGCAUUCGAGCCGACUGAGGUCCGUCCCUGUGUUGGUCAUCAGCGUGCAGCUGGGGAGUGUGUGUUGUGCCCUGCCGACUGCCAGGGCGGGGAGCGUGGCUGUUAACUUGCUCCUGGCUGGCUGUGCUCAAAAGGCCAGUGAGCAUUUGAGGGCAAAGUGACCUGCAGCAUCUGUACAUUUGUUUUCUGUCCUUUAAGUUCUUUAACUUAUUUCAAAAAAAUCAUCUCAUGGCCCGGUGUGCCUCUGUGAAGUCCUGUUGAGCAAUUUCAGGAGAGGUGAAAACCCUAAAACUUCCUUUUCUACCAACCCCAGACUCCACAAAUGGCAGGCCGAUCUCAGUGUUUGCAAAUUCAAAGUUUGGGUAGGGGUUGGAAAGAGUCGUGUUUCCCCUGCUGUAAAUAGGGCCUCCUUCGGGCUUGCCGUGUUCAGUGAGCAUCCUGGGUGGGUGCGGCCACGUCGCCCUGUGUGUUUCCAUGUCUUUCUGUGAUAAGAGGGUUGUGUUGGUGGCACUUUCACUGUUCUUUCUGUUGGUUGAAUAGUGCAACAUCUUUGACAUUGGGCGUUUCUGGGAUGAAAGCGGCUCAAGGUGGCUGUGCUUUCCAAGGUCUAGGGGUGUGUUUAAUUCCACGCAGCCCUUUUUGGCUGCUGCCUUUGAAGCACAGCAUUAAUUUGUAGGUGCCCCAUUGUUUGACCUUAAGCUGAAGAGUUUAGUCUUAAACCACUUCUGUAGAGCAGAGAGGUUGAAAGCACUUAACUGACUCAGCCCCCACGUUGCCCUGCUGCCCGUGUGUCUGGCCCCUAUCCACGAAUAUUUCUUUUUCAGUCUGUUUCUCUUUCAUAAAAAGCUGCUAUUACACCUGCUGUAAUUUAUGAAGGAAGUUAGAGAUCCACAGGCUUACCUGUGACAAAUUUUGCCCGUGACUUUGAUACCCGCCACCUGGGGUAUCUUAAAAUCAAAUUCCUCUCCUGCCAUUUUACAAUGCUGUGAAGAGAAUUGCCCUACCCAUUCACAUGAAUGGGUAUAAUUUUGUUUGCUAAUGAGCAAUUGUGAGGAUGAAACGGGAGGAUGUAAUUUCUCCCCUGAGUACCUGUAUGUACACAUUACGAGAGUCCUUAUGUUUAGUUUAAAAUAUAUAUGCUCUCUUUGAUUUCCUUGUUAACUUUUUGCUACCUUGGGUCCACCCCGUUCAUUGCCUCGCCUUCCCAGCAGCUCUCUUGCAGAGCCAUGGCAACGCAUGUACAAUUCCAGUGCAGAACACUAAGGAAGGCUGUAGCAUCAUGGUGACUAACUGUUGGGAACCUGUUUUCUCAGUCUUCUUCCACGUUGGUUUCUUUGUAUUCUUAAGAUGAUAAUAUAUUAUGUAUUUGAAUUGCUGAAAAAUUGAAAUGGAAGUUUAAAAUAUAUGUAUAUAAAGCAUAUGCUGUAUUGGUGCAAUAGUAAUUAAAAUAAGGAAAA